AUGUCCAGUGGUAACCCGCGAGGGAAACCAAGAAGAAAUGGAUCCAUUCCAGGUGUAUCAUUUGAGCAGGUAGUAUCAGGUUUUGCUUCAAGAAAUCAGAAGGGUGCAGUGCCGAAUCUUAUACAGCGCACAGGCGCAACAGCUAGAUAUUAUGGUGGCCAACAUAUUGUAAGCUCUCAAAUGCCCGCUGGGGUGCUACCACCGGCGCAACCAACACAGCCUUUGGUUAAUGGAAAUGCUGGGCAGCCACCUCAACAACCAAUUUCAUUUGCUAUACCAAGUGUUGACAGUGCACAUCCACCGCAUACUACAAGUCAGUAUCCUACUGUUACACGGAUGCCGCCAAGGAAUCUUCCGAAUCCGAGUAUGCAGUUUGCAGCGGGCGAAGCGCAUGUGGAAGGUGCACGUCCGCAGCAAGGUAAUCAUCAGAUAACAAUACAUACUGCCAGAUAUCAAGCGCAACCAGUUCAGACACAACAAAAUUAUCCAGCUUCACAGUUGGCUUACCCACCCAGUUCGAUGUACAAUUCGAACGCUAUUUAUAGUGCACACAAUUUUAUACCCAAUAAUCCACAGUCAUUUUAUUAUCCUCCGGUUGUUGCUCCGGUUUAUUCAUAUUUUCCGCCUGCUCAGCCAGCAGAUUACAUUAAUCCGGCAGCGGCGGCAGCAGCAGCACGCAUAAAUGUAGGCUACAAUCAAAAUCCGUUUCUAAUGCAAGUUACUGCAGCUGCAACACCACCCACAGCACCACCUGCAACUACAACCACAGCGGGAAUAACAGGCAGUAUACCGCAGCAACCACCUCAACAGCUCACAAAAACCAAGAGAAUCUUGUCAAUUGUCGAUCCGACGACGAAUGAAGUGACGAAUAAAGAUCACAUCAUCAGGUCGGAAAAGGAACAGCAACAAAUGAUGCAACAGAAUGUGGAAAAUGCUGAUACUAGUGGUAAGAGAGGUCCUUCAUCAGGACAGGACGUGAAACGUGAGCAGCCAUCGUCGUUCCCUUCAAAUGCAUCGCAAAAAUUCACAAUGCAAGUUGCUCAAUCAGUCUUAGGUGGUUCUAAUGCUGUCACUACCGUAACAUCUACUCCACCACCUACGAUCACCGCCUCAUCUCUUCCAGCACAAACAGCGCAAAAUGAUGCAGUCGUUGAUGUGACACCACGACCGUCAACAUCAGCUCCACCAGUAUCCACUACUAUAUCACCGUCAAAAGAGGCCGAAAGGAGUGCUCCACCCGAGCUAUCAGCAGACGAAGUAAAAAUUGUGGUCGUAGAAGUACCGAAAUCAGUGGAGGAAAAUGAUUCUACUAUAUCAGCUGAAUCGCAAGAAUCAGAUGAAGGAAUUGAACAAGACAGCAAACAGGAAAAGGAAUUUCAACGAAAUACUGAAAUGGUAACAUCGGUUAUUGCAAAAGAUGAUAAGGAACGAGAUAUAGGAACUACUUUAAUAAUAGCAGGCGAAGUAGGGGAACAAGAGCAAUGUCAAGAAGAUGAUGACGAGGAUGAAAAAGGGGACGAAGAACAUCAGAAACGUCAACCAUUGCAGCAAGUAGAAACAGAUGAUAAUAUUUUGCCGCUUUCGAUACAGGGUCAUUCUGUUGUUGAAAUAGUGCAUGAAGAAGAAGCCGAAAAAGAUGAGAAAUUUACUGAAGUAGAAGAAAGUCCUGAAGCUAUGCUAACAAGAAAAAAACAAGAGUAUACUGCUAAACAAAAGGAAAUGUUAAAAGAUGAAAAUGUUGUUAAUCUGAAUGAACGUGUGUAUGGCCAUGAUUAUUUGUGUCUGAUACGGGAUAUAGUCAAAGAUGUCCUCCUGGAUUCCGUAUUGCCUGUAAAAGUAUCAGACUUGAAAGAACUUGGUAUUGACAUCGCUUCAGCUCCUGCUAAUGGCACCGUUGGUGAUCGUCAACGUCGUUUUGAUAGUGCAGCUGGUGCAGGUGCUCGAUUUAUUCCCGGUUGGGUGGAUAAAAGCCAAUCAAAACCAAAAGCGUAUCAUGGAAGACUUAGCGAUCGGACUCAUUCAAAUCAACGUGAGCGUGAUCGCAAAAGGCCAGCGGUAAGUCGACCAUCAAUUGAUCGACCUAAUCGUGAACCGGUGAAAUUGCAUAAAGCUGAAAAUGCAUGGAAACCCGAAAGAAAUAUUGAUGCUAAUCAGAAAUUGUAUAAGAGUGUGCGCAGUUUGUUGAAUAAAUUGACGCCAUCAACAUUCGAUGAACUGUCACGAGAUUUCUUGCGUUUUGAAGUUUACAAAAACAAAGAACAAAUGGGUGAAGUGAUCAACAUUAUUUUUGAUAAGGCUGUUGAAGAACCAAAUUUCUGUGCUCUCUAUAGUGACCUUUGCAAAAUGCAAGUGGUGAAAGAAUCAAAAGAAUCAAAAGAUAAAUCAAAAUUUCGAAGUGCAUUAUUGACUCGGUGUCAGAAUACUUUCGAAGAGAAGAGAAUGUCUGAAAUCAACAAUAAGAAAAUUGAAAUGGAGAAAGAAACUGAUGAGAAAAAGAAGCGCGAAUUAAAAAUAGAAUUGAUGGAAAUGGAAGCACGAGAACGGCGGCGAAUGUUAGGCAAUAUAGGAUUUAUUGGACAACUAUUUAGGCAUGAAUUAAUAGUACCACGGAUUUUGAAUUGGUGUAUAGUGCAUUUGCUCAAAAAUCACAGUGAAUCACCGGAUGGUGAUGAAGAAAGUAUAGAAUGUGCCGUCAAAAUGCUUGAAUCGGUAGGCAAAUUGGCUGAUCGUCAAUGUCAACAACAAGCAAGUUAUCAGUCGGGAUUAUCGGAUCCACAUGCGCAGGAUCACCCUCAAGAAGCGCAAAAACACGAAGAAUUCAAUACGAAUCUUUAUUUCGAACAUCUUAACGAAGUUUCAACAAAAGUGUCAAAUCGCGUUCGAUUUUUGAUUCUGAAUCUUAUCGAACUAAGAGAUAAUAAAUGGGUUCCACGAACAUCUGAAAGUGGACCAAAAACUCUAGAGGAAGUACAUGAUGAAGCUCGAAGGGAAGAAAUGGCAAAUAGGUUGCAGCGUGAGCAAUAUGCUAAUAAAAAACGAUAUGAGGGUCGUACCUCGUUGGAUAAGCGAAACCAAAGACCAGUAUUAAUUGGAAGGCAGUCACAGGAUGGUCGUCAAUACGGAUCGAGAGUUGGUGAACCAAGUCGUGAUCAGAAAGCACGAGCUGCUGGAGCUGCUAAUCUUGUUGCUAAUACUGCUAGCAGGAAAAAUCAAACUUUAAAUAGUGUCGAUCAACCACAGUCACUUGGUGCACGCCGACCUCCAUUUGCAGGUGGUGCAAUUGGUGGUGGGCAGCAAAUGGAUAGGAGUAUAUUGUCGCGUGGUACGCUUGGUCGUGGAGCGGGACGUGGCUCGUUAGCUUCUCGUGAUAACUCUCAACCAUCAAGUCGAGAACCAUCAGAAUCUAGGAAAUCUAGAGAUGAAGAACGCAGUGCAGCUAUCGCAGCAGCAAGCGCUGUAACACACAGUGCAAGCUCUAACGCAUUAAGGCGUGGAUAUGCGGGUAUAGCAGCCGGUGGUUCAUCACCACCAUCAUCAAUUGUGGAUGAUGAAAUCAAAGACGGUAGUCAAGGUGGCAGAGUAAGUGAAGUGGAUGAGAAAGAAAUAUUUGGAUCAUUGUAUCGAGAAUUACAUGAAUAUUUCUCCGAUGCUUCAAAUAUUGAAUUGCUAUUCCAAUCAAUUAUGGAAAUAAUGAUCGAUGAGAGGACAAUGAACAUGGACCUGCGUCGAGUUCGACAAGCAUUUCGACUGCUGAUGAAGAUAGGUGUUGAAAAAACUAAUGGUGAUAUUCGGAAUCCACGUAGGCGAUAUGUUGGUCAAGUGAUAUGCAGGUGUUUACAACGAUCUGAUAUCAAAGGACAUGCUCUUCGAGGGGUAGCAGAUUAUUGCACACAAGUGGUGGAAAUGGAACUGUGGGAAGAUAACAUGAGGAUAUGGGAAUGUGUAGCAGAGGUGAUAAGUUGGUCAAUAAUGUGUGAGGUGCAGCAUUUCGAAGGUCCUCGACCAUCGCUGGGAGAUUUCAAGGAAUCAUUUAAGAAUGCUGAUGCUGAUUCAAGGAAGCCAUACGCCCUUCUUGUCAGUGUGCUCAAACGACUCGUAGAAAUAGAGCAUGAUCGUGAUGGACAAGUGUCGUCAACAGGAAUGGCAUUUGAUGAAAUUAAGGAUUUACAUUCAGAUUCGUUGGUGGAUGAGCUCAAAUCAUGUCAGUUAUCAUUUGGCAAAAAUCUCUAUCAAUUAUUGCUCAACUAG